AUGAAGUCACAUUCAUAUGCUAGUACUUCUUUAUCUUUAUCUUCAUCUUCAUCUUCAUCUUCCUCGUCGUAUUAUCCAGUUGAAGUGCAUCAGUACCGAGAAGGCAAAGGGAAAGGAGGAACCAAACCACAACCUUCUUCAUAUCAAUCCUCAAUCCAUGGUAGGGUUCCGAAACCCAUGACUAAAAAGCUGCCAAUAGCUCCAUUCCCACGAACACCACCUAAGAUUUACAAGGUGGAAGCUGAGAAGUUUAAGGAAACUGUCCAAAUGCUGACGACCGAGCCUGGGUUCCAAUCCAACAACCCUAGCAGGCGUUUGCAGGAAGUGGCUCCUCCUCCCCUCAAUCUCAAGCCCAGAAAAUGUAGUCAUAAUAAUGAGAUAAGAUCUGAAACAACGUUACUUGAAGGAGACAUCCCACCGAUUCUAUCGCCCAAUUUUUUGGGUGACGGGUUUAGUCAACUCUGGGUGUUUAGCCCGAUUGGAUUCGGGCCUCUCUCGCCUUCUUCCCUUGCACAAUGGGCACCCAUUCUUCCCAGCCCGGGAACACUCUCGUCCCUAUAG